AAUCCUGACCCUCUAAUCCAAACACUCCCUUCUUCUCGCUCUAAACCCUUUCUCCCAUCUCCAAACCGAACCCUCUAGAACCCCCAGACCUCACUCUCUCUCACUAUAUAAACCCCUCCCUUCCCUCACCCUCUCUAUCCGCAACAAACUCCCAUAGCAUUCGGUCGCUGCUUUUCUCUCUCUCCAUCUCUCCAAGCUAUUGCUAUUGCGUGAUUCGGCGCUGUUUCUCUCUCUAGGUUUUUUUCCCAGUCGGAAUGGAUGAGGAUUUUGAUAUGCCGGCGAUGGACGGGAUGAACGACGACUUCGACAUGCCGGACGAGAGCCCGAUCCAGAAGGUCGGCGAGGAGAAGGAGAUCGGGAAGGACGGGUUGAAGAAGAAGCUUCUUAAGGAAGGUCAAGGCUGGGAAACUCCUGAUAAUGGCGAUGAAGUUGAAGUUCAUUAUACGGGGACGUUGCUGGAUGGGACUCAGUUUGAUUCGAGUCGGGAUAGGGGUACUCCUUUCAAGUUCACUCUUGGUCAAGGGCAAGUUAUUAAGGGAUGGGAUCAGGGUAUUAAAACAAUGAAGAAGGGAGAGAAUGCCAUUUUCACUAUUCCACCAGAGCUUGCAUAUGGUGAAUCUGGCUCUCCCCCAACCAUUCCCCCAAAUGCAACACUCCAAUUUGACGUAGAAUUGCUAUCCUGGGUCAGUGUCAAAGACAUUUGCAAGGAUGGUGGAAUAUUCAAGAAGAUACUUGCUGAAGGAGAGAAGUGGGAGAACCCCAAGGAUCUCGAUGAAGUUUUUGUUAAGUUUGAAGCUCAGCUCGAGGAUGGGACCUUGGUAGCAAAAUCAGAUGGGGUCGAGUUCACUGUUAAAGAGGGAUAUUUCUGCCCUGCUCUCGCUAAAGCUGUAAAGACAAUGAAGAAAGGUGAAAAAGUUCUUCUAACAGUAAAGCCACAAUAUGGGUUUGGGGAGGAGGGCAAGCCAGCAUCCGGUGAUGAAGGUGCAGUCCCACCAAAUGAGACUCUGCAAAUAACUCUCGAGUUGGUGUCAUGGAAAACUGUGACAGAAGUUACAGACGAUAAGAAGGUUCUUAAGAAGACGUUGAAGGAAGGAGAAGGAUAUGAUAAGCCAAAUGAAGGAGCUAUAGUGAAAUUGAAAAUAACUGGUAAGUUGCAAGAUGGUACCAUCUUCCUCAAGAAAGGUCAUGACAAUGACGAGGAGCUGUUUGAGUUCAAAACAGAUGAAGAGCAAGUCAUUGAGGGCCUUGACAAAGCUGUGAUGAAAAUGAAGAAGGGAGAAGUAGCAUUGCUGAUCAUUGCACCAGAACAUGGCUUUGGAUCCUCCGAGUCAAAGCAGGAACUAGCUGUGGUUCCUCCGAACUCGACUCUUUACUAUGAAGUCGAGCUUGUCUCCUUCGACAAGGAGAAGGAAUCUUGGGAUAUGAACACUGAGGAGAAAAUUGAAGCUGCUGGCAAGAAGAAGGAAGAAGGAAAUGCAUUGUUCAAGGCAGGUAAAUAUACAAGAGCCUCGAAGAGAUAUGAGAAGGCGGUGAAGUACAUUGAGUAUGAUACUUCCUUUGGUGAGGAAGAAAAGAAGGCGGCCAAAACAUUGAAGGUUACUUGCAAUCUCAACAAUGCAGCUUGUAAGCUAAAGUUAAAGGAAUACAAGCAGGCAGAAAAACUAUGCACAAAGGUGUUGGAACUUGAGAGUAAGAAUGUCAAGGCACUUUAUAGGAGGGCUCAAGCCUAUAUCAACUUAGCCGAUCUGGAUUUGGCCGAGUUUGAUAUUAAGAAAGCCCUUGAAAUUGACCCCGACAACAGGGAUGUGAAAUUGGAAUACAAGACAUUGAAGGAGAAGAUGAAGGAAUUUAAUAAAAAGGAGGCCAAGUUUUAUGGCAACAUGUUUGCCAAGCUGAACAAGUUAGAGUCAGUUGAGACCAAUAAAGGAGCUACCAAGGAAGGAGAACCCAUGACCAUUGAUAGCAAAGCAUAAAUGGAGAUCAAAGUGGACUGGUACACGAUAAGAUGAUGUAGAACACUCUGGUUCCGUGAUGUUUUCUAAUUGUUUUUCUUCAUUUUAUAGAACUGGUUGGUGUCCGGCAGAAAAUAGAGUUUAUAAUGCAUUUCUGUGAUAGGGAUGUGUUGGCUGUUGUAAGACCUUGACUUUUUGAUGAGAAUGCAUAAACUACUUUUGAAAGUUUA